CAAUUAAUAUUAAAGCCAUCGAUCGCGGCGAGUGUUUUCUUUUCACCACGUGAAAACGAAAAUAGCUUGUGAAAUAUCUUGAAACCGCUUAACAACAACUAGUGCUACCGGUUACUGCUGAAUAACAUUGAAGGAAAAUAAUAAUCAUGGCGGUUCGUGUGCAAUUCGAGAACAAUAAUGAAGUGGGAGUGUUUAGUAAACUGACGAACUCGUACUGCCUCGUCGCUAUCGGCGGCUCGGAGAACUUCUACAGCGUGUUCGAAGCGGAACUCGCGGACACGAUACCCGUGGUGCACGUCAGCGUGGCCGGCUGCCGGAUCAUCGGCCGGAUGACCGUCGCCAACAAGAACGGGCUGCUCGUGCCCUCCUCCACCACAGACACAGAACUGCAACACAUCCGCAACAGCUUGCCCGACACAGUCAAAGUGCAGAGGGUGGAGGAGCGGCUGAGCGCGCUGGGCAACGUCAUCGCUUGCAACGACUACGUCGCGCUCGUGCACCCCGACUUGGACAAGGACACGGAAGAAAUACUGGCGGACACGCUGAACGUGGAAGUGUUCCGGCAAACGGUGGCGGGAAACGUGCUGGUGGGCUCGUACACAGCGCUGACCAACAGGGGGGGCAUGGUGCACCCCAAAACUACUAUACAGGACCAAGACGAGUUGUCUUCCCUACUGCAAGUGCCUUUGGUGGCUGGGACUGUCAAUAGAGGUAGUGAUGUUGUUGCCGCUGGAUUAGUUGUAAAUGAUUGGAGUGCCUUCUGUGGUAUGGACACAACUUCUACUGAAAUAUCUGUGAUAGAAAGUGUAUUCAAACUCAACGACGCCAAACCGACUGCCAUCACAUCCACAAUGCGAGCAUCACUGAUUGACAGCAUGUCCUAACACCGGGUCCCGUGGGCUGCACCUACAGUUUUAUCAUAAUAUUAUAUUGUAAAAUUUCUGUUGAUCAGAUUUCAAAGCUGUCUGUGACCUAUGUUUUACACUAAUUAAGUAUAUAAAAAUUAAUAAAUGUUG